AUGCGCAUUAACAGCCUCGUGACGGGCCUUUUGGCCACGCUGAUUCCCUCCGUGUCAGCCACGGCAUUGACCUACAAACUCGAGGCUCACGAAAAAGCAUGCUUUUAUACCGAAGUGCCGCAAGCGGAUGUCAAAGUGGCUUUUUACUUUGCUGUUCAAUCCGGCGGCUCCUUCGAUAUCGAUUAUGCGGUCACCGGUCCCCUUGAAAAAGUGAUUCUGGAUGGAACCAAGGAACGACAGGGAGACUUUGUGUUUACUGCGCAGAGCAUUGGCGAAUACAGCUUCUGUUUCAGCAAUGAGAUGUCGACAUUUGCGGAGAAGGUGGUCGAUUUUGAGAUCGCGGUCGAAAACGAGGCAAAAACCGAAUUACCAUCCCGACAAGGUGCCAACCCCGAACAGGCCACUGCGGUCGAAGAGUCGCUCACAAAGGUGUCCCAUCUAUUCUCAACCAUCUCGCGCAACCAGAAGUACUUCCGUACGCGUGAGAACCGCAAUUUCCACACAGUGCGCAGCACCGAACGACGAAUCUUUAACUUCAGUGUUAUUGAGAGUUUGAUGAUGGUUUCUAUGGCUGGCCUGCAGGUGUUUAUUGUGCGGUUCUUUUUCCAGGGAGCGAGGAAAGGAUACGUAUAA